UUCUAACCAGCAUUAUUUUUGCGAUGAUAAACGCAUCCAUCGUAUUGUACAUGUGUCAACGCUUUUUCCGUGUCAUGAGAGCACAUUAUCAAAUUAUGGCCGAGGCUGAGAAGUUUAAUACAAUCAUUUCUGAAUCGCGUGCAAGCCUCGAUUAUAUUACCUCAAAGAUAUCUGAAGGAAUGGAUCAGAUGAAGGAGGACAUCGCCAAAGAAUUGUCCAUUACCGAUCAUUUAACGAAGCUCAGUUCGAAAAUAAAUCUCUUGCUGCAACGUUAUUCCGAGUUGGAGGAAGGAUUGAUCGAGCUGGUGCGAAUGGAUCAUAACACAAAAAGCGUGCGAAUCGAGACGCCGACUGACAUCAACGAAGAAGUCAAAAGCAUCCUCACAACGGCGAGAAAAAAUCAAUCUCAACAGCAACAAUCGGACCGAAUACCGAAAAAGCUACGGAUAUCGACGACCAUAUCUACAGGAGCAAAGGAUUUUCAGGCGCAAAAUCACGCGAGUCCGAAAUGCCUCGCGCCGCAGUCAUGCGAUAUUAUUAAUCUGUCGAACGUAACGACGUCUGAGAGACAAGACAAACCACGUACGUCUAUUUAUCCAGAAGUACAGCUGUUAAACGAUCCGAGACCUGCAGCUGAUGCAAAACCCAUUGGUUUUCGGCCGACCUGGAAGUGCGAGGCUUAAAACGAUAUUGAGGUAAUUUAGUUCUUUUGGUUUCUUUCUUCCAUCAUUUUUUGUAAAAACGCAGAAAAAAAUUGUAAAUGUGAAAUAAUUAUUUAAAUUGUAAAAUUGUAAGAAACUAUAACAAAUAAACCAUGGUUUGUAUAUUUAAAAAAUUAUAUCGGUAUAAAAAAAAAAAUCGAUGAUCAAAAACGACGUAAAA